AUGUCUCUACAAGCAGUGGCGGGUAACCAGCCAUGCCACCAAGCCACCGAGAUCCGACUGCUAGCCGACUCCCUGUAUGAGUCGACGCGCGGGUCAACGGCUCUAACAAACCAGGCCCAAAAUGAGCUUGGGCUGCUUGUGGGCGUGCUAAGCGCGACCGAGACGUAUACUUCCUCUCUAGGCACAGAAUGCGUCCAUUACACAGUCUUGAAAAAAAGAUUGCAGACCUGCCAUGUUGUCCUACGGGAAUUGCAGAAGCUGGUGCUACAUCCAGAUACGCUCGGGGCUCAGAGUCUGAUUUCCGACAUUCGCAUGCGCCUCUUGUCGGUUAUUUCUGGUUUUGGUGAGGUGAAUUUGAAUAUGAUGAUAUCAUCACAGAAGAAUAUUGAGAGUGCGCUGAAGUGUUUUGUCGAUGAAAUUCGCGCUGGCAAGAGGGAAGACUUGGUUGUUUCUGAUAUUUUGAAGCAUUCUUCAAAGCUUGAGGAAAUUAAAGCCUGGAGUCGGCUGCAGGGAGAGUUGGUCGCUACUGGUAUUGCUUCGGGUUUGUUGACUCUAAACCGUGACUUUGUUAUCUCCACCCUUCAAAAGAUAAUAGAGACAGAUGGCCCACUACCUGUUAGCAAUGGGAACAUGGCUCCAGUGGAGGAUUUCCAUGAGUCUACAGCACCAGCACCGACACUGGGAUUAGAACGCCAGAGAAGCCUGGAUGACGAUGACUGGCUAUCAGACGAACUAACUGGUCUUCCAUUCCUCCCGCUCCCACCGAAAGGCUUCUCAUUUUCAGAUAAGCGCAGAUCAUGUCCAAGCCGAGCGCAGCCCUAUCCAGAAAAACACACAAAACGGGAAGAUUUUCCAAUACCAGUGAUGCUGGACAUGCAAGACUGCACAGAUACACAGAAACAAGCGCUGCCAGUCGACGACUUUGCAAUACCAGUGAAGCUGGACAUGAAAGAUACAGAUACACAGAAACAAGCGCUACCAAUCGACGACUUUCCAAUACCAGUGAUGCUGGACAUGCACGAUUCCACAGAUACACAGAAACAAGCGCUACCAAUCGAAAACUUCCCCAUCCCAGCUUCCACAGAGACUACUCUACAAUACAACGACAUGAACCUCCCAGAACCGGUAACGGUACCCAUCGAGCAAAGGCCCUUCAAUCCAUCAAUAGACCUCCACCCCUUCAAAGUUCCAACCCGCUCAAAAAAGUCCCACCGAAUGAGCCGCAUGCUAUGGGAAAUAUGGGACACGACCAGCUCCAAAGAAAACUUUAUAGCCGCGGUCAAAGCCAACCAACUCCAAGUAGUCCAAAACCUCCUUUCCAAAGGCGCCGACGCCAACUCCCAAAACACCGAAGGCCAAACAGCCCUGAUGGCGGCCGUCUCGUUCGGCCACGAACCCAUAACCCGCCUCCUACUCGAAUACGGCGCAAAUAUAAACACACGCGCCAUGAAAGGCGAGACUGCGCUCGCCAUCGCCGCAGCACGCGGCUACGACCGCCUCGUACGAAUUCUGGUCGCGUCAGGCGCGAGCCUGGAUGCGGGUAAGGGGACUGGCAAGACGGCGCUCUCGCAGGCUUCUACGUAUGGACAGGACCGGAUUGUGGAGUUGUUACUGGAUUGCGGGGCGGAUAUUGAUGCUGUUAAUAAUACGGGGGAGACGGCUUUAGCGUUGGCGGCGUUGAAUGGGAAUAUGAGGGUUGCGAGGCUGUUGCUUGAUCGGCGGGCGAAUGUUGAUUUUAUGCGGUAUCCUUGGCAGACGCCUUUGUAUAAGGCUGUUCAGUCGGAUGAAGUUGAGAUGGUUACGCUUUUAGUACAGUAUGGAGCGGAUCCGUUUCUUAAGGGGGGUAUUGGUCGGAAGGAGACGGUUUUUACUUUUGCGAAGAAUAUGGGGAAGGGACGGAUUUUGGAGAUUUUUGAGCAGUAUGGGUAUCAUCCUGCGGGCCAGGUUCGGUAUCAGUAUUUCUGA